AUGCGACCGGCGAUGCUGAGACAAGGACGCGCGGUGCGAGGGACGACGCUCAAAGGAACGAGCGCGCGCGAGGGGACGCGCGCGGUCGGACGACGGGCGGCGACGACGACGACGCGAGCGGGUUUGAACGUGGAUCUGCGAGGUAAAAAGGCAUUCGUCGCGGGCGUGGCGGAUGAUAACGGAUUCGGAUGGGCGAUCUCGAAGGCGCUCUCGGAGGCGGGCGCGGAGGUUAUUCUCGGCACGUGGGUGCCGGCGCUGAACAUCUUUGAGACGUCGUACCGACGAGGGAAGUUUGACGAAUCGCGCAAACUGAGCGACGGGUCGCUCAUGGAGUUUGCGAAGAUUUACCCGAUGGACGCCGUGUUCGAUACCCCGGACGACGUUCCGGAGGAUAUCGCUACGAACAAGCGCUACGCGGGUAACGAGAAGUGGACCGUGAGCGAGGUUGCCAAGUGCGUCGAGGCGGAUUUUGGUAAGAUUGACAUCGUGGUGCACUCCUUGGCCAACGGCCCUGAGGUCGCCAAGCCGCUGCUCGAGACGAGCCGUAAGGGCUACUUGGCCGCGGUUUCCGCGUCAUCGUACUCCAUGGUCUCCAUGGUCCAACACUUUGCUCCGUUGAUGAACGAAGGCGGCGCCGUGAUCUCUCUCACGUACAUCGCCUCCGAAGCCGUCAUCCCUGGCUACGGCGGCGGUAUGUCCUCCGCCAAGGCGGCGCUCGAGUCCGACACCCGCGUCCUCGCCUACGAGGCCGGCCGAAAGCACGGCAUCCGGGUGAACACCAUCUCCGCCGGUCCGCUCGGCUCCCGCGCGGCGAAGGCGAUCGGUUUCAUCGACAAGAUGAUCAACUACUCCUUGUCCAACGCUCCGCUCGCGGAGAAGCCGCUCGGCGCGAUCGAGAUCGGCAACACCGCCGCUUUCUUGUGCUCUCCGCUCGCGUCCGCGAUCACCGGUCAAACCAUCUACGUGGACAACGGCUUGAGCGUCAUGGGCUCCGCCACCUCUGCUCCAGAGUUCCAAUAG